AUGUCCCUCCGCGCAAUCUCAUUCGUCGUAUACCUGGGCGCACUGGCAGUCGUCCGCGGCCAAUGGAAUAAUCCAAACAUGUACUGCAACUACGGCACCGACCAGGUCCCUCAACUCAACGAUUGCGGAAACGGUCAAAAUGUCUACUGCUGCAUGUAUCCCGACUGGAUCACCGAGGACCCCGGUCUCGCUGCCGGUUUCCCCGUCCACCGCCAAUGCACCACCGUGACAGGAACCUGCACCGUGACCGACAGCAAUGGAAACGUGGUUAAGAGCAAAGGUGGAGGCGAUGCUCCAGGUUUUGGUGCUUGCUGCUAA